AUGCAGAACCUGCUGUUGAAUGACGCCUCAACCAUCUCUACUCUGGAGUACCUGCCAAUUAAUCUCUUCCCACCAGUGUUCAAGGAGGCCUUCACUGGUAGACACACACAGCUACUGAAGGCAAUGGUGGCAGCCUGGCCCUUUUCCUACCUCCCCAUGAGCGCCCUGAUGAAGACACCCAAUGUGGAGUUGUUGCAAGAUAUUCUGGGUGGUGUAGAUAUUCUGCAGGCACAGAAGGUUCGUCCCAGAUGGUGGAGGCUUGGAGUACUUGACUUGAGGAAUGUGAACCAGGAUUUCUGGGAUAUAUGGGCGAUGUAUGCUCAACAGAGACUAAAAAUGAGGAGCAACCUCAGGUUCCACCUGAAAGAACACCAAACAUGCUUGUUGCAGUGGGCCCAGGAGAGGAAAGACUCUGUGCAGCUGUACUGCGUGAAGAUAGAUAUUUGUGCCUUUCCUGGGGAGAUUAUCAAGGAGGUCUUAGACAUUUUCCCACCAGAUGACAUCGAGGAAUUGGAGCUAUUCACAAACCACAUUCUGCUCUUCCCAGGUCACAUUGCAUCUCACUUUGGCCAUAUGACAAAACUUCGCAAAAUCCGUCUAACUUACAUCUUCUUGGAGACAGACACACAUGAUAUGUGUGCUGUCCUGUUUCUCUCUCAGUUCUCCAAAUCCAACUCCCACGAGCAACUUUCCCUGGAUGGCAUCUACUUUCCCCAUCGCCACAUGCAGCAGUUGUUGAGUUGCCUGAAGACGCCCUCAGAAUCCUUGUCCAUCACUCGCUACCUUCUCACCCCAUUAGACUUCAAACACUUGUCACAGUGUCAGAGGCUCUGUCAACUGAAACACGGGAAUCUCACAAACACUUUGCAGACCCUGGAGUUAGUGAACUGCAACAUGGGGGACUCUGAUCUCAGGGCCCUCUUGCCUGCCCUGAACCAGUGCUCACAGCUCACCACUGUGAAUUCCUAUGACAAUGACAUCUCCACUGCUGUACCGAAGAAGCUUGUGCAAAGUAUGGCCAAUCUAAGCAACUUGACUGCAGAGUUCUACCCCGCCCCUCUAGAGUGCUAG